GCAGCUUUAACUCUGUCCACACUCCAGCAGCAGGGGGCGGUAGAGCUCCUCAACGCUGCCAGCCUGCCGACAUAAAACCAGAGAAGAAGAAGAGAAGUAGUUGAACUGCCACUGAGAGGACUCUGCGUUUGUUCAUCUGAAAACAGCACCAUGAGUCUACGAGAGAUCAACGAGAACGUGAAGCUGGCCCGAGAAUACGCCUUGCUGGGAAACUACAGCUCGGCCAGCGUCCUCUAUCAUGGACUACUAGACCAAAUCAAGAAGUAUGUGUACACCGUCAGGGACAGCAGUUUUCAGCAGAGAUGGCAGCAGCUGUGGCAAGAAAUCAGUGAAGAGAAUCGACAAGUUCAGGAUAUAAUGUCGACUCUGGAGAACUUCCAGCUGGACACGACGCCUGCUAAACCAGUAACCAGUAACCUUGAUGACUGGGACAUAAGGCCCGUGCAAGUGGAACAGAGACAUUCCCCGUGUCCCGUCAGGCGGCCAGCCAACCCCUAUAAAGACAGCAAACCUCCCAACAACAGGCUGAGCGUGGCUGUGAGGGCCCAGCAGAGGCACUCGCCUCGCGGGGCCAACGGGGACAGAAGCAAACCAUCCAAGGGCAAAGAGAAGAAAGAGUCCAAAGAGGGGAGGGAGGCUGCUGGCAAAGGAAAGGAUGACAAGAACAAAGCCGAUGUCCAGGAGAAAGAAGUGAAAAGGUUUGACGGGACAGGAUUUGAUAAAGACCUCGUGGAAGCUCUGGAGAGAGAUAUCAUAUCUCAGAAUCCAAAUGUGAAAUGGGACAACAUUGCAGACUUGGGAGAUGCAAAAAAACUCCUGAAAGAAGCGGUCGUGUUGCCGAUGUGGAUGCCGGCAUUUUUCAAAGGCAUACGAAGACCAUGGAAGGGAGUGCUUAUGGUGGGACCUCCAGGCACGGGGAAAACACUUUUGGCUAAAGCAGUUGCUACCGAGUGCAGAACCACAUUCUUCAACGUGUCCUCGUCUACUCUCACCUCCAAGUACAGAGGGGAGUCUGAGAAGCUAGUUCGCCUUCUCUUUGAAAUGGCACGUUUUUACGCUCCCACUACGAUCUUCAUUGACGAAAUUGACUCCAUGUGCAGCCGCAGAGGGACUUCAGAGGAACACGAGGCCAGCCGGAGAGUCAAGGCAGAGCUACUGGUGCAGAUGGAUGGUGUCGGUGGAGCAUCAGAAAACGAUGAUCCAUCAAAGAUGGUGAUGGUGCUGGCUGCCACCAAUUUCCCGUGGGACAUCGAUGAGGCUCUGAGGAGACGGCUGGAGAAGAGGAUCUACAUCCCUCUGCCUUCAACCGAAGGGCGAGUGGAGCUGCUCCGGAUCAACCUGACGGAGCUGGAGGUGGCCGGCGACGUGGACUUGGACAAGAUCGCGGAGCAGAUGGAGGGUUACUCAGGAGCCGACAUCACCAACGUGUGCAGGGACGCCUCUCUGAUGGCCAUGAGGCGAAGAAUCGAGGGCCUCACGCCAGAGGAGAUCCGGAACAUAUCCCGGGACGAGAUGCACAUGCCCACCACCAUGGAGGACUUUGAAUCCGCGCUGAAGAAAGUGUCCAAAUCUGUGUCUGCAUCCGACCUGGAGAAGUAUGAAAAGUGGAUCGAAGAGUUUGGGUCCUGCUGAAGAAAACCCUCCCAGCAUCCGAGUCGUUCGGAUCCAAACGUGUUACUAUUGUUGUGGGGUAAUGGUGAGUUCUAUCGUUGACUGUGUGCGGCAGGUUGUGUAUUUUUCUGAAUCAUUCAGGUGAUAUUGAAGAGUAGCUUUAUACUUGAGUAAAUAUGUGCACUUAAAAAACGGUGCCUCUUCCUAUUGUACAUUAUGUUAAUGUUACGCUAAAGUCUUAAGCUAAAAAGGGUCAACUUCAUGUGUGAAAAUAGUUGAUAAUUCUCGCAAAUUAUAACAUUUGUCACUCGUUUUAAUGAUCCUGAAAUCAACAUGUAAGACAAAUUCAGCUGUAGCUGCAACACACUGACAGAAUAAUUCACUUCCAGACAUGUUUUUCUGCUACUUUGCCUUCCCAAGUGUCAUAAUAUUUGCUUUGUAUCUGACCGAGAGAUACUAAGCCAAUCAAAUGUUAUUCCUGUUAUGUUUUUCCUUUUUAUAAUGCACUUCAUUUUAUUUGUGUAAACUAUGUGGUUCUUUCACAUUUUGGAGAAAACACUAACAAGAUAUUUCUAUAAAUAAAGUUAAUGAUUAUAAUAUAU